AUGAUUCUGAAAGCUUUGUGGGUAGAAUUCUCACUACCAAUUACUGAACAAAAUGAGCAAAUGAUCCAAAAAGAAAUGCUCAAACAAAAUGAACAAAGAAAGACUAACAACUGUGAGAAAAUCUACAAUGUAAAUCCAUGCCAAGCCAAGCCAUGUCAGAAUAAUGGGAUUUGUGAGAGGAACAGAAACAGCUAUACGUGCCAUUGUGUUAAACCAUAUAUAGGGUCCGAGUGUGAACAUGUGAAAAACACAUGCCAAAGAAACAGCUGCAAUAGAGGAGACUGUCAUAAGCCUAAUGCCACCUAAUAUUGAUGCAGUUGCAGAUAUUCCUAUCAGCUCCCAUUCUGUGACAGAGCUAACACAAUCUGUAAACCAAACCCUUGCAAGAAUGAAGGCACCUGCAUGAAACACCGAAUAAGAUCAAAGUUCACAUGCAACUGUCCCGAGCCAUUCAGAGGAAAGUAUUGUGAGAUAGGACCAGAAGACUGUUUUACAGAAAAUGGCCACAUGUACAAAGGAAAUGUUAGUCAAACAGUGCUGAAGAAAACCUGCCUUCACUGGACAUCUCACCUUCUGUUGGAGAGCAGCUACAAUGCAUUUAUGGAACAUGCUGACUAUUAUGAACUCGGUGACCAUAACUUCUGCCGGAAUCCAGAUGGUGAUGAAAAGCCCUGGUGCUUUGUCAAUGUGGAUAACAAGGUGAAAUGGGAUUUCUGUGAUGUCUCUCCCUGCUCAGCAACAGAGUUUUUUGGGACUACAGCCAACUUUAUCAUGCAUCCUAGAGUGAGUAACAGGUCCAAUACCUGUGGACACCCAGAGACAAUAAGAUCACUCAAGAGGAUCUAUGGUGGAACCAAGACUACCUGGCAAGCCUCUCUUCAUAGGAAAUUUUCAGUGGGCUCUUCCAUGCCCAAAGGACACUACUGUGGAAGAGUACUGAUUGAAGCAUGCUGGGUUCUUACUGCUGCACAUUGUAUUGUGACAGACAUACAUAAUCUCCAGGUGUCCCUUGGGGAACAAGAUCUCACUAGGAGUGAACAUCAUGAGCAAAAGUUUGAUGUAGAAAAAAUAAUUAAACACAGACACUAUCGAGAAAGGGGUCAUAUUCCAUACAAUGAUAUUGCUGUGCUGAAACUGAAGGCAGUUGAUGGCCACUUUGCGGUGGAAACAAAAAAUGUCAAGCCAGUCUGUUUGCCUGAUUCCAUAUUUUCUGAUGACACAGAAUGCUAUAUCUCAGGUUGGGGACUUACUGAAACAGGUGAGGAAUCUCAUCAGCUGUUAGAUGCCAGAGUAAAGCUGAUUUCCCAGAUGCAGUGUAAUGCACCAAGCGUGUAUAAGAACAGACUGGAUGAAAGCAUGCUUUGUGCAGGAAAUCUUCAGAGAACAAGAGCUGAUACUUGUCAGGGAGAUUCAGGUGGUUCUUUAACAUGUAAAAAUGGCUCUUAUUAUAUCUAUGGAAUUGUGAGCUGAGGAGACCAAUGUGGAUUAAAAAACAAACCAGGAGUUUAUACCCGUGUGACAAGAUUUCUCAAUUGGAUUAGGACAAAAAUUCAACAAGAGCCUAUUUCUCAUGAUUAAGAAAUAUCUUCUGGAACUGAGAAAGGCCAUGAAAAUCCGACAGAGACUGGCUCUGGAAUGACCAUAUCUUAUUUGUUUUAUUCAUUUAAUUUUGUUAAACUUGAAAUUACAUAUAUUUUACUCAUUUUAUGUACAUUAGCUCCCCUGCAUACUCUAUUAUCCAGGAUUUUAUAUUACUUAUAAUAUUGUUGUUUGUACUGCUGAAUCUGUUUUAUGCCAAUACAGGCUUGUUGAAAAAUAAUAAUAAAAUAUAUACUUUUAAAAAUCA